AUGAAGCGCAACAUUGCCGGCCUCGUGGCGGUGUCGGCCGCGGCGCUGUUUGCUGCCACUCCAGUGCAGGCCCAAUCCAUCCUUUCGCUCGACCUGGGUGGCGGUGUGACCUCGUCGCCGGGCCAGCAGGCAUCGUCACAGGCGGCUGCGUCUGCUGCACCCGUGGCCACCUCUGCUGCGUCGGUGGCUACUUCGGCGGCGUCGGCGGCGUCGGCGGCGUCGGCGUCGUCUGCUGCGCUCGCAUCGGCGCCGUCGGGUGUUUCGACCAACGCGAUCACCACCGCCUCGGGCACCGAUGCGCCUGCCACCAGUACCAUCGCAUCCGACCCAGUCGUCUCCCCCGCUUACGCUGCUGGUACUGUCACCUAUGUGCCGCCACCUCUUCCGUCCAGCACGGCCUCGAUCGACGUCACGCGCCUUCCCGCCUCGCUUCCACCACUCAACGCCACGGCCUCGUCGAACUUCACCCUCCCCUCCGCGACGGCGACGGGCACGUUUGCAUCGAUCCCCAGCAUGGUUUCGAAUCCGUACCAGAUCGUCUUUGCCGAUACGAGUGGAUUGCCGCUGUACAACUGGAACCUCGCGCUCAACUCGAGCUCGGACGCAAGCAAGACGGCGCUGUGCGCGAGUCAGAUGCAGUUCUGCAGCACCGCGGGGUGCAACGAGACCGACGCCAAGCUCACCAACUUUUGCGAGACAAAGUACAUGGGCACGGCGUGCUCGUGCUCCAAGGGCGCAAGUAGGCUGGAGCAGUACCAGUGGCCCGUUAUGCUGGCCGAUUGUCAGGGCAGGAAUACGGCGUGUAGGGAUGCGUGCAUCAAGCCGGGUCAGGGGGUCGAGGAUCAGAACAAGUGCCUGGGCGUGUGUGCGCAGAACUACGGCAGCACGUGUGGAAAGCCCGGUCAGUAUGCGGCUAAUUAUGCCGUGGGCAAGAAGGGCGAUAAGCCCUCCUACACUGUUGUGCAGGGAGGGACGGCGCAGAACAGUGCUUCCGCCAACAUGGCCGGCGGUCUCGGUGUGGCGGUGGUUGCCACAAUCGCUGUCGUCCUCACCGCAUUCUAG